AAAAUUCAGUUUUAUGAUAAGCUUCAAAAUGGAUGUGUGUACGGGGUAUCAGUAUGUUCCUAUUUACAAUGGUACACAGUCAGCAACGCAACUAAACGAUGAGGUUCUUGGAGGCUUUAAGUUCUGCAUUUUGGUGUGUCUCGGAUUGUCAGCAUUUUGUUUGUCAAAGACUGGACCCAAAUAUGUGAUACCACCAAAAGUAGCUACAAAGGAGUCACUAGCUGUUCUAUUAUUCCUUUUAUCGCUGAUACUUCUGACAAUUGUAGCGCCAAUUCUGCUCUUAUUUAUCAUUCUAAGGACGUCAGCUAGAGUGAUACUGAAACUGAAGCAUGGCAAAAACUACGGAGGACUGGUUGACAGUGAAGACGUCAUGUGGAAAAUAGAAGAUAUCACAAACCCCCUUAUAAAUAUCCUCACAAUACAACAGUCGAAAAUUUCGAACCCAGAAGAGUAUUUUGACUAUAUCAAGCAGUGUUUCAAUGGAGCAACUUCGGGAAGUAAUGCACACAAACUGACCAGCAUUUGCAAAUUUUUCGUGGGGUAUGCAUACUAUCUGGACAACCAACUUACCAUCGAUGAUAUAUGUAAUAAAUUAACUGUCGAUAAUGGAAAGAAUUAUUUAGUUGAGACGGAAUUGAAAGAUAUUUUGGGUGAUCUUGCUGGCAGACCAAUGCCCAAAGACAACUUGGGACUUUUUGAAGUUCUCGUAGUACAAAAGUCAUUGAAGCACGUUGAUCCUGACACAUACCAAUAUGCUGUGAUAUUCAGAGUGGACCAUAUAGUAGCAGAUGGUAUAAAUUUAACGACAUUCCUAUUACAAAAUUUUGCCGACGAUCAAGAGGGGCUGAAACGAAAUUUGAAAGACUUGAUAUCAAAGUUCGAUACUUCGAAAACAAAAAUAUCCAAAAAGUCAGGAUGGCAAAGUAUAGUUCAGACAGCUAGAUGCAUCGGAACCUUUAUGGUGCAUUUUCCAAUAGUAUUUGCAAACCAACUGUUUGUGAUAGAUUGCAACUGCUUGCAUGGACCUAAGCUGUCCGGCAAAAAGUUUGCAGUUUAUUCAGUCGAAGAAGAGGGUGAAGAUCUUAUGAAUACUGUGAAGCAAAUAAAGAGAAAAGUGGCUGGAAGUUCCUUUUCUAGUGUGAUGCUUACUGCAGUUUCCAGAGCUGUUGGAAAGCAUAUGCAAAAGGUAGGUACCAUUGAUUAAAAAAUAGCUUUGUAGAGAAACUAAACAUAAUCGUAAACGAUUUCUAGUGUAAUAUUGAUAAUCAAAGGUGCAUAUUCUUAAAUUAUUCAGACUUUCCAACCUAUUUGAGAAGGGAUUUCAAAAUAAGACGGUGAUAUAACUUACUAUGGGCUCCGUGUACGUCAAAAACAUUGUAAGAUUGGAUGAAAGUAACCAUAAUCUCCCACGCUUGUCUGACUAAUAAAACCACAUGUAUUGGCAUGAUCUUUUUCGGUGUUUCAAUCACAAUCUACAAAUAAAUAAAUUAUACUCGUACUGAAAUUGUACUUAAGAAGAUCAUGGUCGUGUGAAGUGAAGAAUAUUCUGUCAAUACACGUAUUUUAUUGGCCAGAUGAGUAUUUUUUUACACCGAAGCAGCCACGUAGGCAGAAGCAUAAACUUCAGGGCCCUGAACACUUUGUUAAUCCGAUUUUUGAACAGCCUAAGGUUAGUAGAAUUCAAUACCCCAGGGACAAAGGAGCGGUAGUAUUGACCAGUUGUGGAUGUACGAAAUUCCACCCGGUUAGGAUGGGAGGCGGCAGGUGGGUCUGUCUGGCAGGCAAAGCCCGUUGGUCUAGCGGUAAAAUAGAGCCGACGGCCCGCCUGUCCGAAAGAGUCCCGAGAUUGCCUGUAAGAGAAGAGUCUUCGACCAGUCGGAAAUCUCUUCUUUGGACAGCAUCGAGCAUGGAUAAUGUAGCCGGGAAGGCAGCACCCCAAACAUGUGAGUGACGACAUGUGUUCGUACCAGAUUAAGUCCUCGGUGAUCUGGACUCAGCCCAGGCGAAAUGAACUCGGCCAUCGAUCGAAACCUGAUGAACGCUAGGACGCUUUUUGUUCAUCAAUGUACAGUACUGUCUUUUGGAAGCAUUAAACUGUACAAGAUUGUUGCGUCCCCAACCAGUGAAAACCUCCAGGUCUCUCGUCAGAGAGGAAGUCGCUGCUAGUCUUUUUUCCAGCUCUGGAUUCCUGCAUGUAGUGCUGAUAUUCAGCAAAUCUGUCGAUUGGAUUGGUCGUACAGGGGAGGAGGUCGUUGCUAUGUAAAAGGAGGAGCCAAGACCGAUCCGUGCGUUGACGUUCUGGGAUGAAGAGGAGAACCCAUUAAUUACGAUCGAUAUCUUGCGGCCAGAGAGAAAGUCAACCACCCAUCUGCAAAGCUUCUCUCGGAGGCCUUAGAAUUGAAGUUUGCAUAAGAGUGCAGCAUGCCACACUUAUCUAACGAAAAUACUAAAAUUGAGUGAAGUCGAUUUUAUUACUUGAAAAAGGUUGCUCUUCAAUAUCACGGAGUGGCAUAAGUCAGUUUCGAAUACCUUCAGAGUUAUAGAAAAAUAAUAUUAGACAUAUCAUUUUAAUAGAAAAUUAAAUUUCACAAGGGAGCUUAACUCAAGUUACGCCAGUUCGUAGAAUUGUAGUUUUAACUUUAUCAGUAUACGCACUGUAACGUAUCUAUCUUUUUAACUUCACCUUCAGCACGAAUACAGCUUUUUUAGACUUAAAAAACUAAUUUUAAAGAUAUUCCCCUCGAAGUUCUGAGUGCAGAGCCAAGACGCAUUACUACGAAAAAAUAUGGAUUUGAAGUUGCUGUGUGAAGAAGAUAUACCGGUAGUUUGUUUACAAGAAUACCAAAUAAUCUAUUUAAAUCCUCCUCAUGAGUAAUAGAUAAACUAAUUAUUAUUUUGUUCAUAUUCAACAGAUCUUAUUAGAUCAUUAUUAUUUGAGUGAGCUUUUGUUUGUGCUGCC